AUGGCGCGCGUGUCUGUCUUCUCGCUCUUUGCGGCGCUUUUCGUCGCCCUCGCCCUCGUCUUUGCCGGCUCGGCGGAGGCGGCAAAGGGGCCCGUAAUUACCAACAAGGUCUUCUUCGACAUCGAGCACGAUGGCAAGCCGCUCGGCCGCGUCGUCAUGGGUCUUUACGGCAAGACCGUCCCCAAGACCGUCGAGAACUUCCGUGCGCUCUGCACUGGCGUCGGCGCGGACGGCAAGGAGAUCGGCUACGGCUACGAGGGUUCCAAGUUCCACCGCGUGAUCAAGGACUUUAUGAUCCAGGGUGGCGACUUUACGAGCGGCGACGGCCGUGGCGGCAAGUCGAUCUACGGCGAGCGCUUCCCCGACGAGAACUUUAAGCUCAAGCACACCGGCCCCGGUGUCCUUUCCAUGGCUAACGCCGGCAAGGACACUAACGGCUCGCAGUUCUUCAUCUGCACGGUCAAGACGGCGUGGCUCGACAACCGGCACGUCGUGUUCGGCCACGUCCUCGAGGGCAUGGACAUUAUCCGCCUCAUCGAGAACGUCCCCAAGGCCUCGGGCGACCGCCCCAAGGCCGACGUCGUGAUUGUCAAGUCUGGCGAGCUCGAGAUUGAGCACGACGUGGAUGAUGAGGGCAACGAGGUACCCUUCCGUCUCGAGCUUUGA